AUGGAGGCCGGCCCGCGCCCCGCCGCGGGCGAGAGCGCUCCAACCCCAGCAGAGGGAGGAGCCGCCGCCCAGGUGGGACAGGUGGGGAGCCUGGGCUCAGGUGUUUCCGCGGCGGCGGCCAGGGGAAGCGAUUGCUCCCUGGCAGGCGCAGGCAGAGCCGAACAGACCCUCGGCCUUAGGAUCCAGCUCUGGGAAACCGGUUUCCUCUUCCAGACUCUAUCUCGGAAGAAAGUCAUGGAAGCGGAAGGAUUAAGAAACUUCAAGGAACUUCGAGCCAAAUUUCAAAAUCUUGAUGCAUCAUCUCUUUCAGGACCUAUCAAAUUCCCAGCAGGUGUUUCUCGAAAGGGAGACUUUGGAAGCAGACAGUCCAUGAAGACUUUGGCCAGUGGGAAACCCCCCUCAUCCAGCCACAAUCAGCACUCACCCAACUGUGCUGAUGGUGAUCCCCAGCAAGUGAAGGAGACUCAGAAGAGUGAGACUCAGAAAUGUUCUAAUUACCUGGAACUUUUGAGUUUUCCUGGUUCUGCAGUAAGCUCACAGAAGGCUCCUCUGCUGUUAGAUGUGUGUCAGUCAAAUGAUGAGAUAGCCAAUAAGAAGAAAGUCAUGGUGAAUGAUAGCUUCAGAAACAAGCUCUGGAGCUGGGAGAUUUUAUCUCAGAAAAGUGAGACAUCAUCCGUCUUUCUCCCUGCCAGUUGUGGAAGCAGGGCCUUCCAUCUAAAAGAGCAGAAAAGUAUCAAGCCGACUCCAGAGGAGCCCAGGGAAGAUAUGGAAAUAAAAGAAGCCCAGUCCCUACCUCCCCACAGGCACCUGAUGGCCCAAAGGAGAUUGUGUGCCAUCUCUGAAGAUCCCACCAUCCGACCUUCUCAAUGUAGCAGGGAGAGCAGAGCAAACUCCAGUCCUGAGAGGAGCUUGACAGGGAGCAUCUGUCACCCUGUCUAUGACAAUAAGCUCACCAGCCAGACCCCAGAGGAACAGCCGGAUGUCAGGCAUCCACAACUCCCCAAUACCAAGCCACUGCCUUCCGUCGAGUCCCUGGGUCCUCCUCCCCCGAAGCCGCCAAGGCCCCCAGUCGUGACCCUCCAGGCCUUCCAGAGGCAGGCAGCUGCUCUUUUCAAGCCCGAUGGGGAAGAAGCUGUGAAAGAAGGCAACCUGCCUCCAGUGAGUGCUGAAUUUGAAGAACCACAUAAUUAUGAGGCAACAAUUUCCUAUCUGAGACACUCCAGCAACUCCAUUAACCUGUGCACCGCAAAAAAUUUUGCUGAUUCAGCUUAUGAAGUCAGAAUUGAAGAACUCCGAAAGGCUUGGAAGAGUUUUUACCAUCAAGAACUUAGACCCCAACACGAAGAUGAAGAUACACAGAUGAAGGAAAAAGAACCAUACCAAUUGAAACUUCAGAACACAGAAGAUCUACACUUAGACCAUCUUUUCAAGGUGGAUAUCUAUGAAGAGAUACCUGGGAAAACCCAGAUGGCAGAAGACCACGCAGGUGGGAGAACCAUGCCGGCCAGAAACCAGGAUGCUGCGAUGGACAUCAUCCAGGGGGAGGCUUGCCCUGAGGACUUCCAGGCGGCCAGGCACCCCAUAGACUACUGUGGUUAUGUGAAGGCCUUGGAGAUGACUAAAGAAACCCAGGGCCAAGGAGCCAUUAAGCCAAAUUCCAUUUCAGAGAACGAUGACAAUGUUGAGUGCUCUGGGAGUAGGAGUUCAGAUGGAAAAGCAUCACUUAAAAGACUGCAGAAGUUCUUCAAGAAAGGAAAGGGUAGAUUUAAAGUGAAGAAAAUCAAUUCAAAAGAAAAUAUAAGGGCAUUUUCCCUUUCGCUGCCUGAUUUAGAACUUAGGUCUCAGGAAGUUAUUAUCUACGAUGAUGUGGCCAUAAAUGGAAAACAGCCAAAUGAUGAACUUAAAGUAAAAUCUUGGAAGCCGAAGUUUUUGACAUUGAAAGAAAAAAAGAAAAAAGGUGCUAAAGAAUCAGAAAGGAGUUUCUUCAAAACCAAGAAGCAAAAUUUAGAGAAGGAUAGGAUGAAAAGAGAAGAAAGACUUUUUAGAGAGAGAUUCAAGUAUGACAAAGAGAUUACUGUCAUCAACACAGCAGUGGUGUGUUCCAAUAAUUCAAGAAAUGGAAUAUGUGACUUGCCAAUAACCCCUGGAGAAGAACUGGACAUCAUUGAUAUCACUGAAGAAAAUCUAGUGAUAUGCCGCAAUUCUGAAGGCAAAUGUAACAAGUCUGGUCACCUUAGAGAGAUCAAGAUCGAGCAGUAUGGCCUGCCCGAGUGUGACCUAGUUCUCAGGUCUCAGCCCUGCUUUACGUUAGCUUAUGUCGCCAGCGUGAGGCAGUGGAAUCUGUGGGAGUUUUCGUUAAAAGAAAAGUCCGCCACAUUUAGAUGUUGGUUUCACUACUAA